AUGUCAGGCGCGGUUUUAUACGAGAUAGGUUGGAAUGACGGCUUUGCUAUUCCUGUUGCAAAUGCAGAAAAUAAAGCGUUGCAGGAAGAGAUUGUGAAGAAACAAAAAGAAAAUUCAAUUUUGGAAGCCAAAAUCAGUGAGCAUAAAGACAAAAUCCAAGCAUUAUCUGACCAUCUCAAAAAUGUCAGACAGGAGCUCUCACACACCCAGGCCCUCUGCAGAGCGGUGGAGAAGGAGACGGUGUCUGAGACUCAUUUCAAGGCCCUGGCAGAAAGAGAAAUGGGACGUCUGAGACAGGAGAUCAGUCAGCUGGAGAACGAGCUGGGCGCCCUACGGGAAAGAAGAAACAUGCAGGAGAAUAACAUCUUCAAAGCGACUCAGAAGCUUGAAGAGCUCAAGGGCCAGCUAAAGUGGGAUCAGAAGACGCUCGAUAUAUGGCUGGAGGAAUCGGCACAAAAAGACCAAGACACCAUGGCCAUACUCAAAUAUGCCCAGCAAGACGAGGCCAGGAUAAACAUGCUGACCCUGCGUGUGGAGAAGCUGACUCUGGAGGCCAACCAAAAGCGCAAGGUCCUGGACAACGAACGGACCGAGACCAUGACCGCACAGAUUGCUCUGGAUAAGACGGCCGAGAGCUUGCGUCAAGCCCACGAGGAGAGGCAGGAGCUCAUUCGCCAGUGGGGGAACACCAUCGAGCAAAUGAGGAAGCGGGACCAGGAGCUACAGCAGUGCGCACUGCUACUUUCCCAGAUGAAGCAGGAGGUUCGGGAGAGGCAGGACCGGAUUAAGGAGAAGAAGACCUUCCUGGAAAGCCAGGAGGAAAACAACAAGGAGUACGAGAGGAAGAUCACGGCCGCGGACCGUCUGGCCGCGAAACUGAGGGGCGAGCUCCAGGAACUGGAGGCCAGCCGCACACGACUGCAGGAUGAGUUGGAAACCUUGAGACGCAACGUGGACCAGACAAACAUGGCUGUAGAGGCUAGGAGAGCCCAGCUUGCCGGCCUGAAAAAAGAAAUUCAGGACAAAAAUAACAAAGUUAAGCAUGCCAGGCUUCACAACACCGCUCUGGAGGAGAAACUGGAGCGUGUGACGGAGUCAGCGGUCAGCAUGGAGGAGAAGUCCGCGGAGUUGGAGCAGAUGUUGAGGGAGGAGGAGCAGACUGAAAGAGAGAUUGAUUCCCAGCUGAGUGAGAAUCAGAAAGUGCUCGCUCGGCGACGGCAGGAGCUACAGGUGCUCCAGUCCAAGGAGAAGACCCUAUUGGCUGAGAUUUCCGGGAGUCGCGCCACCCUCUCCAACCUCAACAGCCGGUUGGACAAAAUGGAGCGCAGCUCUCUAAGACAGCAGGAGAUGAUUUACAAUAAGGAGUUCCAGAUUCAGCUUCUGGAGAGAAAGCUGUCCAGGAUGAGGGGGGAGGCGAACACAGAGGAGGAACAGGCCCUGAAGAAGAAGGAGGCCGAACUGGCCGCUGCCCUGGAAGAGGAGAAGAAAACCGCCAAAAUGCUGGCGCUGCAACUGAAAAAGCUUCAGGAUGAGAUUUACUGCGCAAAGAAAGAGACGGAGAAGACUGGGGCUCAGAAGAGAGACCUGACGGUGAAGAUUGAGGAGCUGAACCUCUUCAAUGACAUCUCUGACAAGGAACUAAAGAAACUGCGUUUCAAAAAGGAGGACACCAUGGUGGAAAACAACAUUGUGAAACUGGAGGUGAAGCACAUGCGGGACCUGCUGUACAACAAGGCGGACGGCGUCCUCUCCCUGGAGAAGCAGCAGCAGCGGCUCCAGGCAGCCAUGAGGGAGCGAGAGGUGGAGAUUAACAUCCACCGGGAGAUGCUUCAGAAGCAGAUGAAAACUGCUGACCAGGAACGUCAAAAACUCAGCAUUGAGGUGCAUGAACGACUCUCCAAAAUUGACAAGAUGAGGAAGAAGUAUGAGAUCCUCACAAUAUCCAUGGCAGCCCCAGAAGGAGAGGAGGAGAAAUCCCCAGCUUAUUACGUCAUCAAAGCUGCGCAGGAGAAGGAAGAGCUACAGCGUAAAGGGGAUGACUUGGAUGAUAAAAUCCGACGGACAGAGAAAGAAAUCCAGGCUCUGGAAAACACCCUUCACGUGGUUAGGAGUCAAAACACUGUGUACCGCAAGGCCUUCAGCAAGGUCACAGAGUCGAGUGAGGAAUAUCAAGAAAAGAUGAAACUCGAGGACCAAAAGAGGGCUGUAGAUGAACUGUACCUCUAUAAGAGGAGGCACAUCAGAGAACUUCAGGAAGAUAUUCAGGGAAUGAACAGUACCCUUGAAGACCUGCAGCAGGAGGAAGCAGUGUACCUCAGGAAAACAGAUGAAGCUGAGUCACAGAUCUUAUCUCUGAACAAGGAACUGGGCUCACAGAAAGAGAAGCUGGACAGGGUUACCAAACAGUGCUCAAAGCUGACCAGGGAGAUCCGGUCUGCCAAACAGACCAAAGAUAAGACGUGGGAAGAGUAUGACAUAGACCUCCGUGAGCUGAAGGAGUUCAACAAGACUGUCAACAAGGUGCUGCUGGAAGCUAUGGAGGAGAGCUCUGACCUGAGGUCAGCGCUGCAGAUCUACUUUCAGGAGGUACAAGCCAGCCUACCCAUGCAAACAGUUGUGUCCAUACCAGACUGCAGGCAGAGCUCAAAGUCUGCUUCAGCUCGCAGCUCCAUUUCUUCUGCCAGGUUGUCCGGUUGUUCCUACAGCGGUGGCCCAGGAGCCUCCGGUCUGCAGUCUCCCCACGUGCCCACAGUGGACCUGGGGCUGCAGCUGGCCGUGACGAGCCCGCCCCUGGAUGGCACCUCCCUGCGGGACUCAAGACGCGGAAGCUCCACUUCCAGCAGCAGCAGCCGCAGCCAGAGGUCUCAACGCAAAAGCCCAUAG